GUUACAUAUCUCAGUGAACAUUGCUUCAUGACAUCUCUAGGUGAAGAGUCAGCUGAUAGAAAUGUAAGGCUUUCGGUGAAGAUUACUCGGGUAUUUUCAUAGAAAGACUUUGAUUGAGCAGGUUCGGCGGCAGGAAGAGAAGAGAGGGAGAGAGCGAGAGGAGUGUUUCAUUGUAACAACCGAAGUCUAGCCUACAGUACGGUAACUACAGCGCUAUGGAUGUAGACGUGGUGAACAUGUUUGUCCUGGCGGGAGGAACUCUAGUCAUCCCUAUCCUGGCCUUCUUUGCCUCAUUCUACAUGUGGCCUGCUGCUAUCAUCCAUGUCUACAACUGGUACUGGCGUCGGCGGCUGGGCCUGCAGGUUGUCUACUCUGAGAACAGAGGCUACCGGUUCUGUUACUCCUACAGAGGGAAGCCUGGUCCAGGCCGCCCCUCUAUUCUCAUGCUCCACGGCUUUUCUGCUAACAAGGACAUGUGGCUGCCUGUGGCUAAGUUCCUGCCCAAGCACCAGCACCUGCUGUGCGUUGACAUGCCCGGACACGAGGGCACCAGCCGCACCGAUGCCAGAGACUAUUCCAUAGAGGGACAGGUCAAGAGGAUACGACAGUUCGUGGAGAGUGUCCGUCUGACCAAGAGGCCCUUCCACCUAGUGGGCACAUCCAUGGGAGGAAACGUUGCCGGAGUAUACGCUGCCCGUUACCCCAACGAUCUUUGCAGUGUCACCCUCAUCUGUCCGGCAGGUCUUCCUAACGAGAGUCCGUUUGUGGAGCGUCUGAGGGAACUGGAGAAGGACCAGGAACUGAGUGGUAGCCUGGAUCCCCAGGGCAUUCCUCUGAUCCCCUCUACCCCAGAGGAGAUGGAGGAUAUGCUCAAACUCUGCUCUUUCGUACGCUUCAAGAUCCCUCAACAGAUUCUUCAGGGAUUGGUGGAUGUUCGAGUUCCAAACAACGACUUCUAUAGAGAGUUGUUCAUGGAGAUCGUAGGAGAGAAGUCCAGACACUCUUUACAUGAGAACAUGCAUCUGAUCACAGUCCCAACACAGGUCAUCUGGGGGAAGCAUGACCAGGUGGUGGAUGUGUCUGGAUCAUCUAUGCUGAAGGAGGCCGUCUCUGGCUGUCAGGUGGACCUGCUGGACAACUGUGGUCACUCUGUGGUGAUGGAGCGACCUCGCAAGACAGCUCAGCUCAUCAUGGACUUUAUCAAUAACCAACACAACACUGGCUCUGGCAACAGCAAGAAACUCUCCUGAGACUGACUACCUGGAGCUCAGACUUUAUAGUGCCCGUUUCCCGGACAAGGUUAAACCUAGUCCUAGACAAAGAAGCACUUUCAAUGGGGGUUUGAUCUCCAUUGAACAUGUGUUUCAGUCAGGGACGAGGUUUCAGUCAAGGACUAGGUUCCAGUCAGCGACUAGGGUUCAGGUUUCAUUCUGGACAAGAUUUCAGUCAGGGUUUCAGUCAGGGUUUCAGGUUUCAGUCAGGGACUAGGUUUCAGUCAGGGUUUCAGGUUUCAGUCAGGGACUAGGUUUCAGUCAGGGACUAGGUUUCAGUCGGGGAGCAGGUUUCAGUCAGGGAGCAGGUUUCAGUCAGGGACUAGGUUUCAGUCAGGGUUUGUCAGGGUUUCAGUCAGGAGGGACUAGGUUUCAGUCAGGGUUUCAGUCAGGAGGGACUAGGUUUCAGUCAGGGUUUCAGUCAGGAGGGACUAGGUUUCAGUCAGGGACUAUGUUUCAGUCAGGAGGGACUAGGUUUCAGUCAGGGACUAGGUUUCAGUCAGGAGGGACUAGGUUUCAGUCAGGGUUUCAGUCAGGAGGGACUAGGUUUCAGUCAGGGUUUCAGUCAGGAGGGACUAGGUUUCAGUCAGGGUUUCAGUCAGGAGGGACUAGGUUUCAGUCAGGGUUUCAGUCAGGAGGGACUAGGUUUCAGUCAGGGUUUCAGUCAGGAGGGACUAGGUUUCAGUCAGGGUUUCAGUCAGGAGGGACUAGGUUUCAGUCAGGGUUUCAGUCAGGAGGGACUAGGUUUCAGGUUUCAGUCAGGGGGUUUCAUUCAGGGUUUCAGUCAGGGUUUCAGUCAGGAGGGACUAGGUUUCAGUCAGGGUUUCAGUCAGGGACUAGGUUUCAGGUUUCAGUCAGGGGGUUUCAUUCAGGGUUUCAGUAAGGUACUAGGUUUUAGGUUUAAUCUGUGUCCAGGAAACCAGCCUACAGUGAGCGUUUAUCUGUAAAAAAUCUAAUAAUCUGUAAAUAAUCUUGUAAUAUUUUUCUAAUCUAGUCCUCAGGGAAUGAGCCCAUCAACCAGCUGGCUGCUGUUUCAUGCUUGAAUUUGAUUAUAAGGCGAAGGAAGACUGUGUAAAAUACUGGGAUACAAUAUUGUGACAUUGCAUUUAUUUAGUGAUUUAUAAGGACCUUAAUUUAAAAUGUUAUAUUCUUUGUUUAAUUGCCAAUGUGUUACUAACUUACUUACAUGAUUUUGCCAAAACAUGAUUUUAUACUUAAUUUGAGUUUGUGUUACCUCUGAGUCAGCUGAAGGACUGUGGUUGGUAGUGUCUGAGACUGUUCCCAACUGAAAACACAGGAAGUAAAGGAAGACGCAAACUCAAAUCAAACUACUACUAGUUGUUGUUGUUGUUGUUAGUUUGAUUUGUCUUGUUGAAGGUUGGUACACGGUCUUAUUAUUAACCACAGACAACAUAUUACACCUUGUACAUUAGGAACAUAUUGAAGAAAACAUUUGUCAUUGUGUUUUACGAUCAAAUAAAUGUUAUUUAAAACAAUGGAGCUACAAUGAUGUACGUUUUUGUAAUAUUAUUAUUAUUAUUAACUUAGUACUUUUUAUUCAAGCGCUGCUAUACCCUGUUAUAUGUGAUAUAACCUGAUAGUAUCGAUGCAUGACGAUAGAGUAUCGAUGCAAUGAGACACAACAGCCAAUGCCUGCAUUGUUUCAAGUUUGCUUUGUUUCGUUUUAGCUGAUGUCAUGUCAUUAAGUUACACUGAGACAAAAAAAUAAUAUAUUUGUGACACUUUUGUUAUCCUUGUACAUGUUAAUGCAUUGUCCAUCUACUCAAUGUUUUUGCUUGUUCACGUAAAGCACAAAAUAAAACUCUUUUCUCAUGCUGACAUGAAAUUCAUGGACCAAUCA